CGAAGUCAUAUCAUUGUUCCUUCCUGCCAAGGUUCGACAUGAUGGCGCAAGUUUUUGUUGCUAAGUUGUAUGUCAUAAGCAUAUUAAUGAAAACUGCUAGGCUUGGCCAAACUGCCUCAACCCCGGAAAUACGGGCAGCACAAGAGAACGACGCGCAGCCAAGUACAUUGCAACCCCCUGAAGGAAGGGUGUAUAACGGCCGGGAUGCCCAGCCGGGAGAGUUCCCGUGGAUGGUGAGGAUAUCGACGGUUGGCUGUGGGGGAGCCAUAAUUACGAAGAAUCAUGUCCUCACGGCGGCUCAUUGCUUUGACUAUUACUUGGCGGGACCCAUUGAAGUGAUAGCAGGUUUACUCUGUCCAAAGAAACACACGGUCAGUCACAUUCAGCGUCACGAGUUUUACGUAAUAGGCUCAGUGGACACAAACUACGACCUCGCGAUCCUAAAGGUAGACCCAGAGUUUCAGUUCACGAAAGAAGUGUAUCCAGUGAAAAUUCCAGUCCAAGAAGUGGAAGUUCGUGGGACCGUCGCCGUGUCUGGGUUUGGAAACACACACGCAGAACCGGGACCCGUGAAAAGUCUGCAAACAACGAUACUUACCGUGGUUCCAAGCGAUCGGUGUGGGUACCCUCCCAACAUCAUAUGCACCGAGGUAGAUGAGACGGGAGUAUGUCCUGGGGAUUCUGGAGGCCCAGUCGUCCAGCUCGGACCCCACGGGGUCGUCCUGGUGGGCAUCAUUAGCAAGGGCGGUUCUCUGUGCGGAAACUCUCCAUUAUUCAAGUAUGACCUCCACGUUAACGUCGGUGCCCACGUCCCGUGGAUCUUGCAGCACCUGAUUCCGUAACAGCAGAAACACUGCAGACAAAACGCCCUAUAGUUAAAAAAACAACACCCGAAACCAUCGUGAAUAAAACAUUAAAAAAAUAUCGAA